AUGUCCUCCGCCAUGCUCUUCCGCCGCGCCGCCGUCACGGCCACGCGUUCCUUCAGCACCUCGGCGCCCCGUUCCGUCGCCCGCAUCUCCAUCAUCGGCAACCUCGCCGACACGCCCGAGGUGCAGCCGACGAGCAGCGGGCGCGAGAUCCUCAAGUACGCCGUCGCCAGCAACACCGGCCCCCGCGACAACCGCCAGACGAGCUGGUUCCGCGUCACGAGCUUCGCCGAGGGCCCGCGCAAGGACUUCAUGCUGAGCCUGCCCAAGGGCGCCAUGGUCUUUGUCGAGGGCGAUGCCUCCAUCAGCACCUACCAGGAUGCCAACGGCCAGACGAAGAGCAGCCUCAACGUCGUCCAGCGUACGCUCUCCCCACGCGGAGCGCCCCCGGCCCCGUACCUCGUCCUCUCCCGUGCUGACCUUGGCCGUGCAGGCAACAUCGAGGUCCUCAAGCGACCCCAGACGGCCGGCGGCCAGGCCGAGUAA